UGUUGCGCGUGAUUUUGCGGGAUGUUUUCACAGAAAGUUUGUUCGUUGAUUCAUUGAUGGAUCGUGAAUGAUUCAGAUGAACUGUGUGAAUGACUCGCACUUCGAGCGUCAGAAAGUUCAGUUGAAACUUUAAUGGAUGAUCGCGGGAUGCACGGACAGAGUUUGCAGUAAAGAAAGUCUUUGCGAGAGUUUGUUUUGCGCAGAUUGAACUGUAUUGGUCAGAAUGGAAACCAGUGUGCCCAUUGAGAAGAAGGACUGUAAGACGUCUGCACUGGAGGGACACGGCUUCAGCGAGCUGCCCAAAAAACCAUCACCAUCAUCUUUGGCCAGAGGCCCCCAUCACAUUUUCCCGACUUUCCAUUCUCCGAUCCCUGUCGAUGUUCGUCACCACGAGGGGAGAUACCACUUCGAACCCCACGCGCUUCACGCCUUACACGGGCCUCCAGGGUUAGCGGGCAGUCCGGUGAUUUCUGACAUCUCUCUGAUCCGUUUGUCUCCGGGGGCCGGCGGCGAGUCCACCUUCCUUCCUCCUCACUCUUACGUCUCUCCUCAUGUGGAGCAUUAUCUCCGAUCGGCUCACGGCAGUCCAACGCUGUCCAUGAUCUCUGCGGCCCGUGGUCUGAGUCCGGCCGACGUAACCCACGAGCAGCUGAAGGAAAGAGGUCUGUUCGGUUUGCCCCCUCCACCUCCUGGUGCCACCCCGGCAGAGUAUUAUCAUCUGAUGACCACUCACAGGAAUCCAUACGGAGAGCUGCUGAUGCAGGGGGCGGCCGCGGCCCACCUGCCCGAAUAUUUCACACCUGUGGAUGUCUCAAGAUUCCCCAGUCCUCGUCUGACGCCUCGAUUGAGUCGUAAGCGAGCGUUGUCGAUUUCUCCACUGUCAGAUGCCAGCAUCGACCUGCAGACUAUGAUCCGCACUUCACCCAACUCUCUGGUGGCUUACAUCAACAACUCUCGCUCCAGUUCAGCCGCCAGCAGCUCUUACGGUCAUCUGUCUGUCAGCGGUAUCAGUCCAUCGUUUCCAUUCCCUCACUCCAUUAAUCCUGUGGCGUAUCAGCAGCUGUUGUCUCAGCAGAGAGGACUCAGUGCGUUCGGUCACACACCUCCACUGAUACAACCAUCACCCACCUUCACCAGCAGACCACACCCACUGACACUCUCCGCCCUGACCACGCCCACCACCGGUGACACUGACGCCAAGAACAUCAGUGGAGACUCAGCAGUCAGCAGCACAGUAAAUCCUCUGAACAUCAAGAGGUCAAAGGUCAAGACUGAGUUGGACGGGCCAAGACCUCUGUCACCAUGCUCUCCAGACCAUCUGAGCAGUGCAGUGGACCUGAAGGAAGACCUGGAGGACUGCAAACAAGAGACGGAUGUUGUGUACGAGACCAACUGCCACUGGGACGGGUGCAGUAAAGAGUACGACACACAAGAACAGCUGGUACACCACAUUAAUAAUGAACACAUCCACGGUGAGAAGAAAGAGUUUGUGUGCCGCUGGGACGAAUGCUCGCGUGAACAGAAGCCCUUUAAAGCCCAGUACAUGCUGGUGGUUCAUAUGCGCAGACAUACGGGAGAGAAACCACACAAGUGUACAUUCGAGGGCUGUUCGAAGGCUUAUUCACGUCUGGAAAAUCUAAAAACCCACCUGCGUUCACAUACUGGAGAGAAACCGUAUGUAUGUGAGCACGAGGGCUGUAAUAAAGCUUUCUCCAACGCAUCGGACCGAGCCAAACACCAGAACCGUACUCACUCCAAUGAGAAACCCUACGUGUGUAAGAUCCCAGGCUGCACGAAGCGUUACACGGAUCCCAGCUCGCUCCGCAAACACGUGAAAACCGUCCACGGACCGGAAGCUCACGUCACCAAGAAACAACGCGGCGACCUGCCGUCACGACCGCACCCGCCGAAGGAAAACGGAGAGAAUGAGGCGGGGACUAAACAUGCAGAGGAGAAACUUGAAGGCAACGGCACAAACAGAAGCGUGGAGGACUACCUGCAGGUCAAAUCUAUAAAGACGGAGAACUCGAUGAUGUAUCAGUCCAGCCCUGGUGGUCAGUCAUCAUGUAGCAGCGAACCGUCACCACUUGGCUGUGCCGCCCACUAUGACAGUGGAGUAGAGCCGACGGGAUACGGCGGGGGCAGUAUGGGAGAUCUGAGCGGUUUGGAUGAAGCGCCUCUAGUUGAUUCCACCGUCUCCACAGGAGUGCUGGGACUUCACCUGCGCAAGAGUCCUGCUCACAGACUCUCACAUCUGAAACAGGAGAAACUGAAGUCAGUGAGAGACUGCUGCUCAUGGACAAACUCGACUCCUUCUGCCCCCAGCACCAAACUACCACCCAUUAAUACAAGUUCCCUAUUGGAAAACGGUCUGUGCGAUUCAGGGCUUCACAUCUCCGGUCCUCGUCUGGGUGAUCUUUGUCCCGGUGAGACGACGGUUCUGAGUCAGUUGGUGGAGCGUCGGGACAGUCUGGCCAGCACCGUUAGUUCGGCCUACACUCUCAGUCGCCGUUCUUCAGGAAUCUCUCCUUGUUAUUCCAGCCGGCGGUCCAGUCAGGCCUCACAGCCUGGCGGGCGUCUGAAUAACAUCAGCUCUGCGGACUCCUACGAUCCCAUCUCCACUGACAUGUCCAGACGCUCCAGUGAAGCCAGUCAUUGUGGAGAACUCCCCAGUCUGCUCAGUCUCACCCCUGCCCAACACUACAGACUCAAAGCUAAGUACGCCGCUGCUACAGGCGGAGCUCCACCCACCCCUCUACCCAACAUGGAUCUCGUGAGCCCCAAGACUCGAAUGGCUCUAUUGGGGGAUUCCCAUGAAAUGACCUCGCUGCCGGUCCACCCCCCCUCAGUUCCCAGAAGAUGUAGUGACACCGGCUACGUUAACCGCAGUGUUUUGCCCCAUGAGGUGCCAGGUAACAUCCCACGGAGGGCAAGUGACCCGGUGAGACGAGUGGGUGAACAGCGUUCUCUAGGCCAGCGUUUCAACAGCAUGACUAACAUGAACCUCAGUACGUUUCCUUCAGCAGCCAACCGGCACUUUGCGCUCCAGACCCGUAACCAGUCUGAGAGUAACGUAAACCGCCACCUGUAUCCACCUCGGCCUCCUAGCAUCUCUGAGAAUGUCGCUAUGGAAACCGUGGCGAGUGACAUGGUCAAUCAGAACGGUCUGGACGACGCUGUGAUGUUACCGGAUGAUAUCGUUCAAUACCUCACAUCUCAGAACGGAGGAUCCGCCCAGGAUGCAGUAUAUCACCGUCAUCCCACACAGGCCACCCAUGGCUUUGGUUCCCCGCAGCAACAGCAGUGUCCUUACCAAAGAAGACUGAUGUUGAUGGGGGUCAACGUGAGUGACGCAACACGACCGACAGCAGCAUCCUGUCAAAUAAGUCCCGGCUCUCAGCAGACGUUAACGGGUUCCCCGAAGAGCCAGAUGCCCGUCCAGUGGAAUGAGGUCAGUUCAGGGACGGUGGAUUCGUCUCCCAGCCAAGCCAAGCAAGGAACAGGGCGGGAAAACUUCAGUGCACUCCAACAAAAACAAAACCUCAGCCCUUUUCACAACCUCAACUCCAACCAACAGAUCGGUUUAAUGAGUCAGAACCUCGCUCAUACCGCCCAGCAGAACCACAUACAAAACAGUGAGUUUAAUUCCCAAAGGCAAGCGCUGCAUCAGGCUAACACAGAACAAGUGAACUUCCAGCACAGCUAUCAUCAGGACUCGCAUGACAUCAACAACCAACAGCCCUCUCAUAGAAACAUGUCGAGUAAACCUCUGACGGGACAGUCUGCCAGUGUCCAAGUUCAGACUCAUGCACUUCGGAAUAAUCGUGACACUUAUUUCCAAAUGAAUAUCAACCAGGAAACCUAUGGCAUUCAGAUGCAAAAUCCCAGGCUGAAUGGAAAUCCUGGACUUCUGCAGCCACGUCCGCCCACAGAACCCAAACCUUACAGCCGGCCAACACAGAAACUCGGUUACCCACAAUCCAACUUCAAUCCAGCGUAUGGCAGUUCAGAGCCCAGCCCAAAAAAAGCAUCCAGCGUGGGUGUUAACGGCAGCGAUACCGGCGCCAUGUUGUACACCGGACAGAUUCAUAUGUUUGAUUCCAGCAGUCUUACGAUGACAGCCUUGGCUGCGGUGGGCUCUCCUGAAACGAAUCACGUCUCCAGCACGGUGAAUUUGAAUGGGGCAGAACAUCCACAGAUCGACUUUGAUGUCAUGCUGGAUGACGGCGAUCACUCCAGUCUCAUAUCGGGAACUUUAAGCCCCACCCUCCUCCGCAGCCUAUCCCAGAAUUCCUCUCGCCUAACCACACCCCGAAACUCAGUGACUUUACCCCCGGUGCCAGCGGGAAUUGGCAACAUGGCCAUAGGAGACAUGAGCUCCAUGCUUACCACACUCGCAGAGGAGAGCAAGAUCCUUAACAUGAUGUCAUAGGACAAACAGAAAGAACAAGCGCAAUACCUGCGCAACUUUGUGCAACUGAGCUGUAACAUUUGAACCGAAUUUUGCAUAAAGAUUUCUUAAAUAGGUUUUGAAGAUGUAUUAUUCUGUAUAAUAUUAGAUUGGUAGUGUCUUACAGUAUGUUUUUGUUGAAGAAGCCAUACUUUGCCUUAGACAAGUUUAUGUACGGUACAUAUAUAAAUAUAUAUACAGACAGACAGAGAAUUUGAUGAGACAGUUGUGUAUUUUUUUAUGACUUUUGAAGUAAAAAUGAGUGUGGGAUCAAGUGCCUCGCUGUGCAUAAGCAUAUGGAGGAAAUCCAUUAUAAUAACAGAAAAGGACUUUUAUCUUUCUGUCCUCUUCAGUGGAUACAAAGAGAUUUUUGUAUAUUCUGUAAAUGAAAUGUAAUAUUCUUCUUCUUAUCCAUGUUUGUACUAAACAGAACAGAUGUUAAAAGAUAAUACACUGAUGAAACCUCAAACUUUUUUAGUUUAAGGAAGGUGCGGUUUGUAAUAAAAGCUUCCUUUUGUUUUAUUGAAGAGCUAAAAUUACAGAACCUGAAGACAAACAUCCGAACUGAGACUCCUGGACUUUUAAAAUAGGCUACACCGAAAUAUGUCAAGACUGUCUUGUUCUACACAGACUUAAUUUCUAAGAUGGAAAUUGUGUAAAUAUUUGUAAAUUUGACUGAAAUACAGUAUUGUUGUUUUUCUACUGCAGUGUUGUUUGAUUUAUUUUU